CCGAGCCGGCAGCAGCAGCUCGAGUUCUGCAGAGUUCGAUUGAUUUCUCAAAUUAGAAAACGUGAAAGAUCUCCUUCAGAGCUGAGAGUUUAACAAAGAAGAAUGGCAGAAGACGGGAAGUCUGAGGGAAGUGCACCACAGUGGGCCUCGAGCACUGUCCUUGAGGCUCAAUCGCAUCCGUUUGCUGCAGAUUUUAAAGAGCAGAGUGCUUCAGGUGAAUGUAUAUCCAGAACGGAGAAUGGCUACUCAUUCAGAGAGAACCUCACAGAGGCACAGGCUGGAGGUCAGGCAGCGUACACAGUGUCGCAAGCUAAUGGGAUCAAUGGGAAAUUGACUGCUAGAGAUGGAGCAACAACAGCGUCUGGAAGAAAUUUUGACAUUCAAUCAAUUCCUGCACCAGAAGCAGAAGUGAUCUCUGCCAGGAUUGUACAGGAGGUCACAGCGGAGGCAGUGGCAGUACUGAAAGGAGAACAAGUGAAAGAUACUUUACCAAGAGAGCAAACUUCAGUAGAAGACUCUGCCAACUUACCACCAUCCCCACCACCUUCUCCAGCAUCCGAGCACUUUGGACCAGCAGAGAAAGAUGUAGGGAUUGAGGUUAAGGCAAAACCUCUCCAAAGGUGCUCAAGCUAUCAGCCUGCCACCACUCAGGAGAAGCGCAAACUCCUAGCCCCCUCCAUUUCUGUUUCUGUACACGAUGAAGAGCCUUACAAUUCUGAUGAGGAGUACUAUGAGCAUCCUUUAUUCAGUUCACAAUGGACUGCCACUAGUACACUCCCCAGUGCCACAGUUCAACAGGCAGAUGAGUUGUAUAGUCAGGACAAAGAAAAAGUUGUUGAGAGUCCAGCGUCUGAUGAAGAGGAGCCAGCACUAGCUCUUAAGCAAGAGCAUGUUCAAGAGCAGUGGUCUGCUGAGCACUUAGUGCAAGCAGAAGCUGGAGCCCAGGCUCACGAUUCCAAAUGUAUGGAGGCCACAUCAUCAACUGAAGAAAGUGUCCCAGCUGAGAUUCCCAAUGGAAAGGGAAUGAUUCUUAGGGAAGUUGAGUCCUUGGAAGAACUGCCACCUUCUGUAGAAGAUCUGCUUUCAGCCACGAAGAUGUACAAGCUGUCAACAAGCGGAGAAUCCUCUGUUACUUGUGGGGAAAGACCGUCGUUGCAAGAAGUGUCAGUGACAGAGGUCAAAGAUAAGAAUAUUCCUGAACAGCAAAUAUCUGACCAAUCACCUUUAUCAACACUGAAUAAAUAUAGUGAUGAUGGCAUUCAAACAGCAGAGGAAGCUGCUUCCAAGAAGCAGGAUUUAACUUCAGCAGCUGAUUUGCAAACAGAACCUGUUCCUAUUUCAUUCAAGAAAGCACAACAUCUAGAAGACUUAGCACCUUCUAAUGUUGAAACCACUACUAGUCAUCAUGCAAAUUCACUGCAAUCCAGUGUUUGUGAAGAUGAAUGCAUUUCCAUGGUGGCAGCAGAGAAUAAAGCUAUCCAAAUGCAACCAGAUUCUGCCAAGAAAGCAGAUGAAAUCUUCAAACCACAAAAUAGUCUUGAAGACGCAUUGCCUGGAAAAUCUGUUUUAGAUCACAGUAAAAAGAUUCUUGAUAGUUUUGAAACUCCAGAUUCAUCAAAACAGUCCAGUAUGGGGAUUUCAGAUACAGAUAUCUGUGCACAAGAUGUUGAAAUAGCUGCUGCACAAGAUUCAUUGAAUGAUAGCGCUGGUGUUUCGCAAAAAGAGCAGUCGGCUACAGGAAUGACAGUUACUAACGAUAAUUAUGUGUUACCUCCUCUGGAGGCAAAAAUAGAUUUGGUUGCAACCACCACUUCAGUCAUUGAAAGCAAAGUGCAAAAUGUGCUCCAGGAAAACCAACAAGUGCAUGAGGAAUUGCAUAAAGACAAAUUACCUGUAAUUGCGCACAGUGCAAUUGAAGACAAAGCUUUAGAAAGUUCAAGUGAUAAAAGGAAAACUACGCCUGAUACAAUAAAGCUGGUUGAACAUAUAGCUGAUGUAUUUUCAAUGCCAGAGGACAGAUCAGAAUCUGUUGAAUACAGCUCCACAGACAGUGCACAACAUCAUUUAGAACAUUUGAAUGGAAAACCAACAGUAGAGACAAUGUACACUACUACAGACUUAUUCCAAACUGAAUACUCCAAACAUGUGUCUGAUCAACAACCAACUAACCUUCUGUUUAAGGAUAUUGGUAAAGCCAGUGUUGAGGUAUCAGAGGUCUAUCAGUUGCCUGAUGCUAUGACUGCCCAGUCAUAUGUGGCAGAAUCUAAACUAGAUGUACAACAUGGUAUGCAUCCCAUUACAAGUGAUUCCCUUUUAAGUCAUGAAUCUAUGCUUGAGAGGGUUAAACAAGAGCCAUGUAGUAUGGAUUCAAAUAUCAAAAAAGUUGAUGAUACACCUACGAAAACUGAAGGAAAAGGUAUUCAACGAGAGAAAGCUAAAGAGAAAGAAAUAGAACCUCAAAAUAUGUACCCAUUAUCAGAUUCGAAUGUUUAUUCUGAUAAAACUUUCCAAAGCUUCACUAGUACAACAAUCCAAAACAAACAAUGUGAUACCUUUACUGUGUGCUUGAAAAACAAGGUGGUGGAAGAUCAACCAGAAAUAUCAAAAUAUUUUGAAACAUUUGUUCUGAAAGAUGAUGGUGAAAAUGGUACCAAAGCACCUGAAGAUGGUUAUUAUGAAAUGACCAUUACUAAUGAAAAGAAUUCAAGGCUUCCUCAUGUGGUGCCACAAUUCUCUGACACGCUACAUGAAAAAUCAGAAGUGGAUGCCCACAAAGUUGAAAAUGAUGUAUCAGCUGAAGGAAUUCAUUAUAGCACUCUUGCCCAGACAGCUGUGCCUCCUGCUAAUGAACAGGCUAAAGCACUGCCUGCUGAUGAACAGGCUAAAGCACUGCCUGCUGAUGAACAGGCUAAAGCGCUGCCUGCUGAUGUACAGGCUAAAGGACUGCCUGCUGAUGUACAGGCUAAAGCGCUGCCUCUUGAAGAUAAAUUCACUGUGGAAAAUGAAACUCCUUUACCUAUUCAGCGGAGCCAUCUGGCCAAAGAGGAGCUCCCCACAGUAAUAUCUCAACAAACCAAUUCUAGUGCUGAUGAAAAUAUUGAUAAAGAACUGCAAAAGCUAGUGCUGAAUUUGCCUACAGCAUCUUUAGAUUCAAUAGCGCUGGAGGUGGAAACUGAGAGCCAAGGUCCCCCAGAAUCUCUGUCUCCCUUGGCCUCUGAUAUUCUUGCCUGUACCAGAGGAAUGAGUUUAGAGGAGUCAGCAGAGUUCUUUCCAGUAACUACACCUGCUGAGGAGAAACAUGUUUAUUUUCCUGUUGAAGUGGAAAAAGAUAAAACUGUAUCUGUUUCUAAAGAAAAAUCAACUGAAGAAAGCCUAAAGUUAGACUCUCAGUAUGCUUAUCCCCAUGCUUUGAAAGAUGAUUACAAAAAUGACACUGUUGUGGUUCCUGACUUGCCUGAAAUGUUGGAUUUAGGAGUUACUAGAACGAGACUGAGCUCAGAAGGUACAGAAAAAGAAGUGGUUCGAAGAGCAUCCAUGCCUUGUGAAUCUGCUACCGAAAAUAUAGCUUCUGGCUCAGAGGCUUUAACUGAAAGCAUCAAAUUGAUUAUUAAAAAUGUUAAUCAAUCAGAGGAAAUGGGCUACUGUGUUUUUGAAUACUCUGCUCCCUUACCAACUCCUGAGGAAGUUAAAAGUCCACUGGAGGACGGCAGCAUUUUCCUGCAUCAAAUUCGCGCUGCUUCUCAGCCUAUAGAUGAGGAAAGUAUUAGAAGGCAAUUGGAUGUAAAUAAGCAGAAAGAAGAUUCCCAUUUUAGAAUUAGUACCUUAUCAGAAGACAGGGAGCUAAAAAUUGAUACUAUUUUGGAAGCACAGUCAGAAGUCAAGACUGAUGAAACAGUUUCGUUAAGUGUUUCAAACCAAAUUGCCAAGUCUGAACCAGAUCAUUUACCUGAAGACCCUGCCCUGAGACAAUCUAGCACUCAAAAUGAAUCCAUUGCCAUUGAUGCUCAAAAGGUUCCAAAAGACGUUUCUCCAAUUAAGCUUCCAGAUGAUAAAACUGAAAAUGUCAAUGAAUCUAACGAUCUGUUUGAUUUACCGAGUAACGUAGUUUUGCAAACAUCUUUGAAAGCCGAAUUUGUUGAUUACAAACUGUCUGAGAAAGAGACUUCUCCUCGGGAACAUGUUCAAUCAAACUUGGUAGAUAAACCAGGGCCUAGCUUGCCCAGCGACGUUACUGUGGAAAGUUUCAAACUUAAAACUACCGAUCGUCAGCAACCUGAGAGAAGUGUUUUGAUUCAAGAACAAACUCGACCCAAGAAAGUCUUGGAAGAUAAGCCAAGGCCUACAUUGCCCAGGCAGGAUAAUGUGCUAGAUGUAGAUAUAGAAAUAGAUAGCAUAGAUCACACAAUUUUCCAGCAGACCCCUCCUAUUCAAGACUCAGUUCAAUUUAAGAAUAUCUCAGAAGACGAAUCCAGGCCCAAAUUGCCUGCUGAGGAGAUUGUGGCAGAAGUCCUUUCUCAGGAAGGAUCUGAGAAAACGGUGUCCGCUCAAGAGGCUCCACAACAUCAAGAGACUGUGGAAGCUAAAUCCAGUCCACUCACUAAGGCUGACAUAUUGGAAACUGGUAUAAAAAUGGAGACUGCUGAUAAAGUCAUAACUAAGAAAACUCCUGAAAAAGAAAUCACUCAACUCUCAGAAACGAUGAUAGCUUCAACUGAGCCUAAUUUGCCUGGCAAGGCUACAGCAGAACCAGUUCAGCUUAACAAUAUCAUGGAGGAUGACACUAAGCCCCAUCUUCCCAGUAAUGAUAUUGCACCAAGUGAUGAUAUAGAAAUCGUGCAUUAUGAUCACAAAGUUAUUGAGAAAUCAUCUCCCGCGCAAGAAAUUAUUCAAACUGAGAAGGGAGUGAAAGAUGAUGUAAUGCUCAGUUUGUCCAGCGAUAUUGCUGAAUAUGUAAUAGCCCCAAUUGAGCAAACUAUGGAAUAUAAAACUGGACCUGCACCAGGUAAAGUUUCUGAAGCAGAAUCUGGUGAUCAGCAAAUCCUUGUUGUUUCAGUGCAAGAACCAGCUGAAGCUCAGCAAACCAUGAAAGAGGAAGUUAAGUCCAAUUUGCUGUUUGAUGUUCCUGUGCCAGAAAUUGUUCUACAUGAGGACCCGGGUGACUAUGAAGCAUCUGAAAGUACCCGUGUAGAAGAAGAGAGGGGAAUUGUGGAAUCUGUCAUUACAGUAGAAGAUGACAUUAUUACAGUUGUUCAGACUACACUAGAAGGAGGAAAAGAUGUAGGGCAUAAUGUGAGAUUUGCCAUGCCUGAUGAUGAUGAGGAGGAUAUUUUUACCCCUACUGAACAAACCCGGUCAACAGAAGCACAGUCUAAUGAAUCGCCUGCAAAAGCUGUCCAAAUUGCGAUUAUCCCAGAGAAAAUUGAAAUCCCUACAGACUUGAAAGAAGACGAAAGUAUUGAUGAGUCAGUAAUGGACACAGACAGUCUAUGGAUGGAUACUCAAGAUGAAGAGAGUAUCAUACAAUCACAACCAGCUGCUGUUACUAAACAGGAGAAGACAGAGAAGGAAUUCAUCAGCCUGUCUUCAGACAAACAUAGGAAAGGCAAGGUGUUAAAAACUGGGAAAAACAGAGUGUCCACACCUGAGAGAAAAAUAAUUAAAAAAGAUAUCAGUACAGUCUCCAAAGAAGACAAGAAAAGGAGAAAAGCCUAUAAGAAGUCUGAACUUACUAAAAAAUCAGAAAUUCAGACCCGAUCUCCUUCCAGGAAAAUCAUUUUAAAACCAGCUGUAAGAUAUCAUAGACCAACUCACGUUCCUUGUACUAAACGGAAGCAGACAGGUGACUGUGUGAACCCUGCAAUGUGGCUGGCAAACAUGGACUUCAUUGCUCGACUGGCUGUUUCCUUGCACUCUUUUUUGUUCAGCCAUUGGGCUUUUGCAACUUCUGGAAGUUUUGAAGGUGCCUAUGUUAUAGACCAGAAAUUCUCUGUUGCUAAGCAACCCAAGGAAAGAAUGACAAAUUCAUCUGCACUAACAAAGAUUCCUACCUCAAAAUUAUCUUCCCUCCUCCCUGAAAGACCCAAUUCUACUUGUUCUGCUGCUAGAAAAGCCUUUAUUGACCUAGAUUAUUAUCCCACACGACCCUCGUCGGCUGGCCCUAGAGAUUCAUUGACUGAACAACCCAUAAAGGAUGCUGCAAUGAGGAGUCCAGAGAAGCGCUCUGCCUUACCCAGACCUUCUUCAAUUUUAUCCACUCGCCGGGCUCCACCUGAAGAAAAAGAUGCACAUUUUGUUCCUGCUACAAGCCCGGUUUAUCCGGCACCAAGACGACCAACAACAAUAAGGACUGAACCGAGAAACGAUCAAAGGGGCCAAGGAGUGACCAGAUCGCGAGCACAUACUAGUGCAGGGUCUGAACCAACUCGCACCAGGUCAGCACGAAGCGGUACUGCCACACCCUCCACUCCUGGAUCAACUGCAGUCACGCCUGGCACACCACCCAGCUACUCCCGCACACCAGGCAGCAGGACCCCUCGCACUCCUGGCACUCCUGGUACACACAAAUCUCCUAUCCUUGUACCCACAGAACGGAAAGUGGCAAUUAUCCGCACUCCUCCCAAAUCUCCCCUUACUCCAAAACAACUCCGAGUGAUCAACCAACCAAUGCCAGAUCUGAAAAAUAUCAAAUCCAAGAUUGGGUCAAUUGACAACCUAAAGCAUCAACCAAGAGGAGGGCAGGUACAUAUAGCAAAUGUAAAACCUGAUUUUAGCCAUAUUCAGCCAAAAUGUGGCUCGAUGGACAACGUACGUUAUUCUCCCCUGGUUGGAAACGUGCAAAUUGUUACUAAGAAAAUAGAUGUGAGUCACAUCACGUCAAAGUGUGGCUCUUUCAGCAACAUUCACUAUCGGCCAGGUGGAGGGCACGUUAGAAUUGAAAGUCAGAAACUUGAUUUUAAGGAAAAAGCUCAAUCUAAGGUUGGCUCACUUGAUAACACACGUCACACUCCAGGAGGUGGAAAUGUAAAGAUUGAAAGUCAUAAGCUUAGCUUUCGUGAGAAUGCCAAGGCGCGUGUGGACCAUGGAGCAGAUAUCAUCACUCAGUCGCCAGGACGAUCUGGUGCCACAACCCCUCAUAGGCUGAGCAAUGUCUCCUCUUCUGGCAGCAUCAAUCUAAUGGAAUCACCGCAACUGGCCACACUUGCUGAUGAUGUUACUGCUGCGUUAGCCAAGCAAGGAUUGUGAUUUUGCUGUCCACAAUUUAAAUUGUUUGUAGCAUGUGCUUUGAGCCUUCACAAGCUCAAAGUGGGAUUGUGUUUAUUCCUUUCAAUUAAAUAUUGAUCAUGUCCUAAGACUGUAGUGAAUAAAAACAAAAUCUUGUUUCCAUUAUGCCAGGUUUCUGGCUUUAAAUGGGUACAACUGCUGUACAUCACACAUAGCAAUGUUAUUUUUCAGCUCAACGUGCAUGGAUUGAUGAGAAAUGCAUUUACAAUGUUUAGUGGCUAAAGGCAGAGUUGAAAUGGAUCAGAAUUCUGAAAGCAGUUGACAUGCUUUAUUCCUAGUUACUCAUUCAAUAUUAAGCAAGUUUUCCCCAAUAGAUAAGGGAAGAUGUCUAUUGAUAAUAUUUAUUGCAAGACAAAUAAAUUAUUGCAUACGUGUUUACCUGGGAAUAAAAGCUGAAGUCCAGAAACUAGUAAUAUAUGUAAAGAAACCCUGGACUUUAAGUUCAGGAAAGAAAAGCAUUCUCGUAUGGUAAGCAGCAGGAGUAUUAAUGUCAAAGCAUGACAUGAACACCAGGUUAUUGUGCCUGUUCGCAAGGUCAUGGUGUUUGGCAUUUUUACAAACAAGUAACAAAAAUGGGAAUCAAGUUGCUCAAAACUAUCAUGCAGCUACUUUAAAUAGGAUGCAUUUCCUAUGCUGAGGAUAUGUAUCUGAUUAGAAUGUGUCAGUUCAUUGCUAGAUUUCUAUAUAUGCCUACUUUUCAUAUUCUGUUUGAUCAGCUGUUUGAUACAGUAUAAUAUCCUAUGUGGCAAGUUGUGUUAUCCCUUAUAUACUUGAAGUUAUGCUUUUAUUCACAGUAUCUGUGUUUCUGCACCUUUUGGUGUUACUGUUUAGAAUAAGGUAGCUGUUAGCAGUUAUACUUGUUAGAUUUAUCUCUGAUAAAAAUUAGCAUGACGAGCUUACUAUAACAACCCAAAGCUAUGACCUUGUUUUAGUGCCAGAUGCAAGUUUGUUGAUGUAUUGCUAGGUUAAAAAGAUUUCAAACAAUCGCUUUGUAGAGUUUUGAUGUACUGAAGGGGUCACAAUAGCAUUUGGUGUACGCUGUUUUUUGUUUACUUCAUUUGGCAAGCCUAUUUAAGUAGUGGGGCAUAUGAAAGAAGGUGCUUUUAAAAUAUGUAUAUUAUAUAACAUAUAUAAUAUAUAUAGUUGGAGUAUUUUUUGUUCAGAUUUAUUGACUUCAAUUCAGAAUGACUGUAAUCAUACAGUCCUGAAUUUAUAAGUCAUCUCCAUAGAUUUUAUUCUUAAUUUUUAGUUCAAAUAACAUCUUAAGAAGUCAGUUUUAACUGAAGAAGGAUUGAUGAAAGCUUAGAAUGCAAUUUCAGAUGGUGUUGAGAGGUAGUACCUUGUUUCACAGAGCCGGAUAGAUGGUAUGUCAGAGCUAAUAAAAACUGUAAUUGAAAGUAUGUCUUGUAAAUGCUGCAGUCUGCUGCCAAGGGUCCAUGCAGAUAUUUAUUAUUGUAUGACAGCGUCUUUAACAAAUAUUAAACAAAUUAGACCAUCUUUUUCAUGAGCCUGUAAAAUGCAUUGGAAAUUAAAUUAAUCUUUUGCUGUAGAAAACAAUGAUGUAUUUUAAGAUUAUCUGAAUAUGUUGAAAAAAUGCAUAUUUUUUCAUUUUGAAAAUACAGCUUCUAUUGAACAAUACAGGAUACUGUGUAACAGGAAUUAGUGGGAACUUUGUGAAAGUCAGGUAUUAAAUGAAGGUCUGAGGUUUAAUGAUUUUAAUUUCCUGCCACAAUACUCCAACAAAGUUUUGAAAAAAAUAUUUUACUUCAACUUUUUACAAGUGAUGAGGGGACAAAAGGGGCAAAAAUAAGAUACUGUGUCCCGGUAUAUGCUGUGGAAUUUUAAUGUGCUUUAGAGAAGGUGUUUCGAGUCCUGUCAUUCUGGAGUCUGUUAAAACAGAAUGAAAUUUUGGGAUUGGCUAGUGUUAGCUUGUACAUGUUUUCAGUCAAAUUUGCACUUGUGUUUGUUGCUGUAGAGUAAUUC